CGGAAAGCCAGUCUGUAGCACAGAAGCACUGAUGUUAAUAAAUAAAAAUAAAUUGUCUGAUGUUGUAUUGAAUGUCAUGAAUUAUUGUCAAAAAAUACGACAGGAAAACUAGUGACGUAACGGUUGUGACCUAAAAGUAUGGUGAUUUUCUUAGUGACAGCACUACAUAGUUAACAGAAUAGUGAUUAAAUAAUAUACACUAAGUGACUUGUGUUGUUGUAUCAAUUAUUAAAGACUCAACAGUAAGAUGAUCUUUUCAACAUGACGAGCAAAAUUCGGUAUGAUCUGGAUUUUGUAAAAUGGAAAGGAAAAGAUCCGUUCGUAGACCAAGAAGAAGACAAACGUUUGCGAAAAAAUGCAAGGAGUACGCAAGACAGUUCAUAGCCUUCUUGUUCAGCAACGUUGGUAUCAUCUUGUUAGUGGUGGGGUAUACUAUAGCAGGAUCAUUCAUAUUUAUGUCGUUGGAGAAGAAAUACCACAUGAAACUGAAACAAGACGUCUAUAGUACCAGAAAAAUGUACGCUGAAAAAUUUUGGAACAUCACAAUGGAUAUGAAUCCUUUUGAUGAAAAAGUCUACAAAGCAAUAAUGAUGGAUGAAUUGUACACUUACCAGAAAUUGUUUGUUAACUUCACAAGGAAAGGUUAUGAUGGUUUCACAGAUGAAGAAACAUCUUCCCAAUGGAGCUUUGCAGGUGCUUUUCUAUAUUCCUUGACAGUCAUCACUACCAUUGGUUAUGGUAACAUAUUCCCGCACACACCAGAGGGAAAGAUUACCACCAUAGUAUACGCUAUUAUAGGAAUGCCUCUAUUCCUACUAUACUUGUCCAAUAUUGGCGAUAUAAUGGCAAGGUCCUUUAAAUGGGUCUACGCGAACUGCUGCCUGUGUAGGUGGUGUCCAGGGGUGUCCAGAAGGAGAGCUGAAAGAAGGAUGAGAAAAAAUAGGGAGCAAUACGUCGACUAUAGUUCCGGAGAGAGUUCGAAGAGUAGUAGCAACUAUAGGAUAAAUAUAGAAAGACCUUCGUCUAGUAGCCAAACCCAAGAAUCCAAAGAGAGUUCUGUAUCCGAUGAGAUUACAGAGAUUGAUGGUGAUGAUGAAUCUUACGACGUUCAAACUGUGACAGUGCCGAUAACAAUAUGUCUUUUAAUUAUGGUUGGGUAUAUUUGUGGUGGUGCCCUCCUCUUCUGUAGAUGGGAGGACUGGAAAAUGAUGGAUGCCUCAUAUUUUUGCUUUAUAUCACUGAGCACAAUCGGUUUUGGGGAUCUGGUGCCAGGAGAUAAAAUUUUCAGCAGAGGAAAUGAUUUCUACAGUGAGGUUCUGGAGCUGAGUUUUGUUUUCUGCUCCAUGUAUCUCAUGCUGGGUAUGGCCUUAAUCGCAAUGUGCUUCAACUUAAUGCAGGAGGAAGUCAUCCAUAAGAUACGCACUACAGUGAAAACUGUAAACAAUAUAUUUCAAUGUAAAAAAAGAAAUGCUAAUUAA